AUGGGUGCCUAUAAGUACAUGCAGGAGAUAUGGCGCAAAAAGCAAUCCGAUGUGAUGCGCUACAUCCUCCGUAUUCGUACGUGGCAGUACAGACAGCUCUCGGCCGUCCAUCGAGUUAGCCGUCCCACCCGACCUGAAAAGGCUCGACGAAUGGGAUACCGAGCUAAGCAGGGAUACGUUAUCUACCGCGUCCGUGUCCGCCGUGGUAACCGUAAGCGCCCGGUCACCAAGGGUCAGACAUACGGAAAGCCGAAGACCCACGGAGUCAACGAGAUUAAGUUCGCCCGCUCAAAGCAGGCUAUCGCUGAGGAUCGAGCUGGUCGUCGUCUCGGUUCACUCCGAGUUUUGAACUCAUACUGGGUUGGAGAAGACUCCACUUACAAGUUUUACGAAGUGAUCAUGAUUGAUCCCUUCCACAAAGCGAUCAGACGUAACCCCGAUACUCAAUGGAUCACCAAGCCUGUGCAGAAGCAUCGCGAACUUCGUGGACUCACAUCUGCCGGCAAAAAGUCGCGAGUGCAAGGAAUCCAUCAUAUGAUUCGCACUGUGAGGAUGAUGUGUAGUACCUCGGCAGAGGGACCUAUAGCAGCAACAAUACGGAGGAAAUUGCAGGAGACUUUUGCGCCGUCUCAUCUUGAAAUCGUAUGCGAGAGCUACAUGCAUAACGUGCCUAAGGGAUCCGAGAAGCAUUUCCGGGUUCAGAUUGUAGUGACAAGUUCGAAGGAUGUCGCUGAUCGAGUCUUACUAUUGAUUUUGAUUUCCGCAUGUCUAUUUGUCGACUUUCAGAGGCACCGGAUGGUCAAUUCUUGCUUGUCCGACGAGCUGGCGGGUCCAGUACAUGCCCUUAGGAUCGAUGCGAUUCCACCGAGCAAGUGGGUUGGCCAGAAGCCGCAUCCAAGCCCGGCAUGUCGAGGUGGCAAUGCGUUAUAG